GACAGGGCUGGGAGGGGGGCUGGGGGCCACGCUUGCCGCCCCUGAGGGGCUCCUGGCGGCUGCACCCCGGGGAGAUGCAGGUGGUGCGGACUUCCACCUGUCGACGGCCGGGCUCUUGGCUCCUCUUCCGCCGCCCCUCCCUCUCCCCCUCCCUGGCAGGGAUUGCCCCUGCUAGAGGCGAGGCUGCAGCCGCCCGGGGUCCUCCCGCCUUUUCACCUGAGAUGCCCCUGGGGAGGAAGGCCACCCGUAGGCCUCUCUGGGCUGCAGAAAAGCUGUGCUUCUAGUCCGUGUGGUCGGUGCCUUCCUCUCGAAAAGCUGCUUCCCUUCUCUUUCCACCACAGGAGGCCUCCCAGCCUUGGACUUUGGCUCCGAAGCCGGGCCUGAGCCAAGAGUAUCUCCAAGGGCUGGACGGGCAUCGUUUGGUGUGGUUGGAUGUGGGACCCCUCCCGGGAAAGCGGAAGGCCUGGCUGCCCUCUUCUCUGGAAUCUUCUGGGGCCCCAUUUGCGGAACGCGCCCGGCCUAGGAAGGAUCGUUGGGAGAUUUGCAGGCUGGGGUGCAGGCAGAGCAGACACGGCCCCCGGGGGGUAGCAGUGGGCGCCUCCUGGGAGUGGCAGAGACGCUUGGCCGCCUCUUGCCUCUGCCCAAGGAUCUUUGUUUAGGGCUGCUCUUCACAGAGGGGAGCCCCUGGGCUGGGGAGAGGCUUCUGGCCAGCCAGGGAGCCAAGGAGGAGGCUCAGGCAUUCAGUUCAGCUGUCUCUGCCUUCCCCCGCCAGCCCCUGGUGCUCUCUCUGGCCCUCCUCCAAACCAAAUGGCUGAGAGAUGCCUGCAUUGGGGGAGGAACUCAAGGAUGAGGGUGGGAGUCUUUCAAAGAGUGCAGGGCUGGUCUUGUGGAAGGGACAAUUGAAGCACCCAGGCUUCUCAGCAGCUCCUCCCAUCCCUGCUAGCAAGCUUGGGGUCACUCCAAUGGAGAUGGCGGUGUUUCCUCAGAGGAGAUUUCCUCCAGCGGUCCCUGGCUGUAUGUCGAGGUAGGACCGGCAUAGACGCUUUCACCGAACCCUCAGAACCGCUGCUCCUUGGUGCUGGCAGGCCUGCUCUUGCCACGGUUACAGGAAAGUCCUGGUACUGGACGCCUGUUUGCCCUGAAUGUGUGAGCGCAGACCAUGGAGUCAGAGGAUUCCAACCCCAGGGUUGGAGACAACAGGGAGAGAAGGAGGAAUUCUCUACCAGCUGAAGGGGACCUGCGUUUGCAGAAGAGGAGCUGUGUGUCCUGGGAAUGGGGGGAAGGCCUUGCUGGAUGAGUCCCCGGGCCCUCAAGCUUUGCUCUUGCCUUGCAGACACUCAGCGAGCUGUGGCGAUCCUGGCCCGGUAUCAGAGGAUUUUGGGGUCCCUGGCGGAGCAGCCCCUGCGAGCCUCCAUUGAGAAAGUGGUGCACGUAUUUCAGAGCGAGCUUUUCCAGGCCCUGCUGGACAUUCAGGAAUGCUACGAGCUGAACUUGCUCUCUGCUUGCCAGCAAGAUGGAUCUGCUGAUCUGGAGCCUGGGGGCCCCUCCAAGACCCAGGAAGAUGUCAGCCCGGGGGGUCAAGAGGGCCAGGCACUGCAGGGAAGAGCAACGGGGGGCCAAGAUCCAAAGCCACGGUUGGUGAGAGUGACUGAGAGCAGGACUGAGCUGCCCGCACGAGUCUGCGGCCUGGCCGUGGGGGUCAGCAGCACCUUGCCCAAGGCCAGCCCUUCUCCCAUCAUUGUGAACACGGACACCCUGGAGCCUGGCCUCUCCGUGAAUGGCAGCGACGGCAUGUUCAAGUACGAGGAGAUUGUCCUGGAACGGGGAAACUCCGGCCUUGGCUUUAGCAUUGCCGGGGGCACCGAUAACCCACACAUCCCUGAUGACCCCGGCAUUUUCAUCACCAAGAUCAUCCCGGGUGGAGCGGCUGCCAUGGAUGGGCGCCUGGGGGUCAACGACUGUGUGCUGAGGGUGAAUGAGGUCGAUGUCUCUGAGGUGGUGCACAGCAAGGCUGUGGAGGCCCUGAAGGAAGCGGGGCCAGUGGUGAGGCUCCUGGUCAGGCGAAGGCAGCCCCCGCCAGAGACCAUCAUGGAGGUGAACCUGAUGAAAGGACCAAAAGGGCUGGGCUUCAGCAUCGCCGGUGGCAUUGGGAACCAACACAUCCCAGGCGACAACAGCAUUUACAUCACCAAGAUCAUAGAAGGCGGAGCAGCCCAGAAAGACGGGCGGCUGCAGAUCGGGGACCGGCUGCUUGCGGUGAACAACACCAACCUGCAAGAGGUCCGGCACGAAGAGGCAGUGGCUGCGCUGAAGAACACCUCUGAUAUGGUGUACCUGAAAGUGGCCAAGCCUGGCAGCUCCCACCUCAAUGACCUGUACGCGCCCCCCGACUAUGCCAGCACUUUUUCUGCCUUGGCCGACAACCACAUAAGCCAUAAUCCUGGCCUAGGCUACCUAGCAGGCAUGGAGAGCAAGCCCGCCUACCCUGCUCCCCCCCAGGUCACGUCUGGCCGCUACUCACCUGUGCCCCGCCACCUGAUUGGGGAGGAGGACUUCACCAGGGAGCCUCGAAAGAUCUCCUUGCACAAAGGCUCUAGCGGCCUGGGCUUCAACAUUGUGGGGGGCGAGGAUGGGGAGGGCAUCUUCGUCUCCUUCAUCCUGGCUGGGGGACCCGCAGACCUGAGCGGGGAGCUGCGGCGUGGAGAUCGGAUCCUGUCGGUGAGUGUGACAGGGGCCUUCUUGGGGCAGUGGGUGCUUCUUGCCGGUCACACGGCUGCCUGCUUGUGGCCGAGUUCUCCCGGCCCUGCUGGAAGCAGCUGGCAAGGAGAGUCUUGCUCCUCUGGCCCUUCUGCCCCAGGCAUUAAGGUGUUAACCCACCGGCCCACGCAGGGCUGGGCUGGGCUGGGCAGGGCAGGGCAGGGCAGGGCAAAGCACCUCACCCGACCGGUCUGGCCUGGGUUAGCCCAGCCCCGUUGGGAGGAAGCUGGCUUCCUCUUUGCCAGGGGAAAACAGUGCCGAGGCUUCCAGCGCGAGGAUAAAUGGAUCCGGCCUGCGGGAGGCGGACCUCCAUCCCUGCCCUCCUUUGUGCUUGCAGAGUACAGCCGCUUUGAGUCUAAGAUCCAUGACCUCAGAGAGCAGAUGAUGAAUAGCAGCAUGAGUUCAGGGUCUGGAUCACUUCGAACAAGCGAGAAGCGGUCCCUCUAUGUCCGGGCCCUCUUUGACUAUGACCGAACUCGAGACAGCUGCUUGCCCAGUCAGGGACUCAGUUUUUCUUACGGGGACAUUUUGCACGUCAUCAAUGCCUCCGAUGAUGAGUGGUGGCAGGCGAGGCUAGUGACCCCUCAUGGCGAGAGUGAGCAGAUUGGAGUCAUACCCAGCAAGAAGAGAGUGGAAAAAAAGGAAAGGGCGCGCUUGAAAACGGUGAAGUUCCAUGCUCGAACAGGGAUGAUAGAAUCCAACCGGUUGAUCAAAACGAAACGUAAAAAGAGUUUCCGCCUCUCUCGAAAAUUCCCCUUUUACAAGAGCAAAGAGAACUUGGCCCAGGAAAGCAGCGGACAGGAACAAGGUGUGACGUCAAACACCAGUGACAGUGAAAGCAGUUCCAAAGGACAAGAGGACACAAUUCUGUCAUAUGAACCUGUGACACGGCAAGAAAUUCACUACGCAAGGCCAGUGAUUGUUUUGGGGCCCAUGAAAGACCGAGUCAACGAUGACCUCAUCUCAGAAUUUCCACACAAGUUUGGAUCCUGUGUGCCCCACACUACCAGGCCACGGCGUGAAAAUGAAGUUGAUGGACAAGAUUACCACUUUGUGGUGUCACGGGAACAGAUGGAGAAGGACAUUCAGGACAGCAAAUUUAUCGAAGCUGGCCAGUUCAACGACAAUCUCUACGGGACUAGUGUUCAGUCUGUGCGGGCAGUGGCUGAGCGGGGGAAGCACUGUAUCCUUGAUGUGUCGGGCAAUGCUAUCAAAAGAUUGCAGCAAGCACAACUGUACCCAAUUGCGAUUUUCAUCAAGCCCAAAUCCAUCGAAGCGCUCAUGGAGAUGAAUCGGAGGCAAACGUAUGAACAAGCCAACAAGGUCUUUGACAAAGCCAUGAAGUUGGAGCAGGAGUUUGGAGAGUACUUUACAGCCAUUGUACAAGGAGACUCCCUGGAAGAGAUUUACAGUAAAAUCAAACAGAUAAUAGAGGACCAGUCUGGGCAUUAUAUCUGGAUCCCAUCCUCUGAGAAACUGUGAUGUCCCCUCCUUCAAUCAACCUGUUAGAAGAUCAGCGACCCUUCCCCCAGUCCUCUGCCCCAAGAGGGGCACGAGAAGACCAUCCCUGUCCCUUUUCUAGAUGGUUGACAAUUGCGUUUUCUAGCCCUGUUUUUCUUUUUCUUGGGACGGACCAGUCUCCUCCAUCAAGUGACUGUCCCCGCCAUUCCUGCAUGGACUUUCCUGCUGCUCCCUUAGACAUGGAGACAAACCCUAUUUGAGAGUUUUGUGUGUUUUUAAUUAAAAAAAAAAUAAUACAUCAACUGUUAAAGUCAGAAAGCAAGGCAGGAGGUGGCAGAUGACAACCAGCCUCAAGAACCACUAACGCAACAGACUUGGACAGUUGUUGCCCCUCUAAAUAUAAUGGAGACUGGCAGCCUGGGGCACCUUUACCAAGAAGAAAAAGCAACAGAAUGCUUUUAUUUAUCUAGGUACGUAAUUAUAUAUAUAAUAUAUGCUCUAUAUAUUAUAUAUAUCUGGACUAGAGAACAUGAGGGGGCUGCUGGAAUGUCGUUAGCGAAAGAAUUGCCGCCUUGUCUCAGCCAUUGGGACAGAAACCGCUGUGGUUGGAGGUGAAAUUAAUGGUACUGCGUGUUUUGGGGUGCUGUUCCGUGGUUUUUCCAAAGCCAGUUGGUGCAGAAGGCUGCAUUUGGAAAGAGAGAAGCCAGCACUGUGAUUAUGGAGUGAACGGAGGGCCCAGAACCACAUAAGUUACAACAAUUUAUUUGAGCACGCAGAAGCAAAUGGAUAAUGCUACAUAUUAACUGCACAUUGUUUUAUGUCACCUGAUGUGUUUGCAUGAGAGGUUUUUUUAAGCUGCUGUUAAACCAAAAUCAUGUUUGUGUUGGUGUGUUGGCUUUUCAUUAUUCCAAGCUUUUGAUUUUAAUAAUGAACUGAACGGGUAUACAAUCCAGUUUUUUAACUUAUUUUUUAAGAUUGUUCCAUUGUAAAUAGUUUCCAGACCCAACCUCCAGACCGUGUGGAAUGAGCACAGCAGCUGUUCUGUGUUGCAGUCAGGUCCCUUAUAGAGACUAAACUCCAUCCCACUGACUUGUUCUGGUGGAAGAACAUUGAGUUCCAUGCAGCGAGAAGUUGGAAGCAGCAGAUGAUGGGAAGAGAAGCUUGUGCCUUGGAGGGUCACUCUUUCAACCAGACAGUGGAAAAUUUAUGAGAGACUAAUCUGGAAAGUUCUUAUUCUAGCAGAAUUGUGCCAAAUUCUGGUUGCAACACUUGAAGCCCUUCCUGACCAAGCUAAUCCUCAGACGCUCCGUGGAGAAUAGCACCAUCCGUCUUAUUUUGUGUUUCUACAUAAUCCUUGUUGCAGAGAUGGACCCCAGCCAUUCCUUGCUGCCAACAUCUCCUUGCAGUUCUUCAGGAUAGCAAAGGGCAAGUGCAAUUUAGAAUGCGCUCUCUGUGUGGCACAGACUGUUAGUCUUCCAUGGACUGCGGCCAGCUGCUAAUGGGAAGCCUUGAUACAUGGUCAUGUCAAUGUGUAAACUGUAGGUGCAAAAAGAUUUUUUUAUUACUGAAUAAGUUGGAUCAGUGAGAGUUCUGGGUGGAGUUUUCAAGCAUUCCUAAAUCGGUACAAAUCCUUGCCCGUGGGCCAACGGGGAAGAUUUUCCCACUUUCUUCAUCUUGCCCCACUCUCAAGUUUGAAACAGGUGAUUGUACACAUCUCAUUUCCACCAUGGCUGCUGUGGUAGGAGAUCCGAGUUGUCCUAGUCCUAAUCCAGUGAGUAGGACAAGGCCUUGGCUUGUAGCAGGUUGAUGCUGUCCACUCCAUAGCUGGUAGGUAGCUAUAUCAUUCGUUGUGUGAUUUGUGCACGGCCUUCAUUGUUAAACAUGGGUGAAAACUGUCAUCUUGCGGAGAUUCAUUCUGGUAAGCGAGAAGCCAUUUCCACAUCAGCUGGUGUUGCAAGUGGAACUUUGGAAGUACUAGAGCUGCUGUUCACUGGUAGGAUUGUGAGGAUAAAGAAGAGGAAGCUGCUACCACGUCUGAGUCCCUGGCGGAAGGGAUUCGGAUUGGAGGCUGCCGCCUGCUUCCUCUGCUCAGCUUGUGUCGCGAGGCAUGUUCCUGAGAGCUGGACUAUGCACAGUAGAAACAGCUUUCGAGGUGGCUAGUCUCUGGGCUCCUAUUACUUUUAUUUUGUAACAGCCUGUCACCUUGUCUUCUAGGCUCAUGGAGGAAAGGCCUGUGUACUCCAUGGCAUAGCUGAAAGUAUCAAUCACGACACUAGUGGGUUUACCAGUGUUUCUUCCAAGGAGACAUAUAUUUUUAAUAAAUGAACAUUGCAAUGAA